AGCUCUGAAGACACGAGAUCUUACAGCCGUACUAUGAAAGGAGAGACAGAAUUUCACGGAUUCAAAAUAGAGAAAGAUGAUGAAGAGAAGAAGGGAGACCAAAGUUCCAGUACUUCUCAUGGCGCUGAUGGAAGAUUGCAAGAAAAAUCUCCAAAUAGAAGUAAAGCAACAGACAGUUCUUUAAUCCAAACUGAAAAGCAAAAGAAAAUAGUUAUCCAAUUUAAAGCCAAAGAAAUUAGACAUGGAAAAAGUGUAUGCGCUCCUGAUGUAGUGACUACUACCGGGGAAAGUCACAACAAAAGUCGUUUUGAUGGAACAGAAGGGAAAAGACUCUGGCAUAGCUUUGCACUUCAGAGGGACAAGGCACUGAAGAAAAAGAGAGAAAAAGCUGAGCUCAGCAAACUAAAGUUAAAAGCAGAACAAACUAUGUUGGAAAAAUUUAAGUCAUCUGCGUACGAUUCACAUGUACCACAUAAAAAGGGAGAUGGAUCAAAAAACCAGAGCGAAGAUGUCAGAAUUCCAAAAAAGCCAUCUGACGCCUCUACAAGGACUGUGCAUGAUGAUAAGCCUUUCUCUAAGAAGCCAAAUACAGUAUCUAGGACUUGGGAAGAAGAGUCUGAAGAAGAAUAUGAGGAGUUUUCUAAGAGAAGACGCUAUGUGCAUAAACAUACACCGUCACGCUGUUCAACUGAAACAGAACAACGAUGGGACUCUUGUAAACAGAAAAAACAGGGUGCUGAUUCUGAUAAAGUUACUGGUAAUUCAGGGCCUGAAGAAAGGGACUUUGAAGCCACAGCAUUAUGUUUUAAACAGAAUUUUGAGGUCCCUUGCACGUCUGACUCCUACCAAGAAGGUGAGGACAUGAAGUCUGUCCAAAAGAGCUUUGAAGUCUUUCCACCCCUUCAAGAUAGCCAGAACUCUGAAACAGACCAAGAGAUGCAGAUAAUUGAAGAUUUGCAUGUUGCUCGUGUUCAGAAGAGGAUGGCACUGCCUGUAGUACAGGCUUGUGGAGAACUUACAAGUAUGGAAAUAGAUCUUCCAGAACAGGAUUUAAAUAUUUCUGCUGAGGCUUUGACUUCUGGACUGAACAUAUUAGUGGUGAUUGACACAAAUAUAAUGAUUAGCCACCUUGAGUUUGUCAGAUCCCUGAAAUCUGAGGAUAUACCAGGGGUUGGCAGACUUGGAUUAAUAAUUCCUUGGGUUGUUCUACAAGAGUUGGACAACUUGAAGAAGGGGAAAAUGUUGCAGCAUGUUCGGGACAAAGCUAUCCCCGCAGUCCAGUUCAUCCACAUGUGUCUCAAAAACCAAGACUCAAAAUUGUGGGGACAAUCCAUGCAGCUUGCUUCUCAAAAAAUAUAUGGCCUGAGUGACGAGAACAAUGAUGAUCGUGUUUUACAAUGUUGUCUGCAGUAUCAGAACCUCUUUCCUCAAGCUGUUGUCAUACUCUGCACGGAUGAUAAAAAUUUGUGCAAUAAAGCCAUUGUGAGUGAUGUCAAGGCAUUCUGCAAAGCUGAUUUGGUUACUGCUCUACAGAAUCUGAAUGUAAACAGGCACCAAAGCUCUGAGCUGCAACAGUCAAAAUGUGAUACAGAAUUUGAGAAAACCCAAGAAGGUGAUGCUAGUCUUACUGUGCGAUUCCCAAAUAUGCUUCCAGACCUUGAAAAGAACUUAGGAGAAGCUUUAUCUUGUAUUUUGGAGACUGAAAUGAAAAUUGCAUUUGGAAACCUAUGGAUGGAGAUAGUGUAUCUGAAGCCACCAUGGACAUUAGCAAACUUGCUGAAGUGUUAUAAAAAGCACUGGGUGGCUGUUUUUGGUCAUGUUGUGCCAAGGAGUUUACUUUCAACCAUUGAAUGUCUCUAUAAACACCUUUGUACAGGUAAAACAGUUGACUUCUCAACAGCGAGUAUCUUGCUCCAGGAAUCAAAAAAAUUACUCCAUGCUUUCAGUUCAAGGUCAGACUAUAAUGGUGUGCUUCCCCAGGCUUAUGCUGAAGUGAAUAAGCUACACCAAACAGUUACAGAGGUGAGGUCAGACAGUGAGCAGGAUUUAUCAGAAGACAUCAUGGUUCUUUCAGAAAAUGCUGCAUGUGAAAAAAUGGAAGCAAUGACACCAAAUCUGCAAAACCCUGAAGAAGAAAAGAAGUUACAUCCAAGCUUUCAUGUGGCUCAAGAAAGCAGGCACCAGGAAAUCUGGUCAGUCCUUGAAGGUGUAUGGAAUACAAUAAACUUGUACAGUAUUGAAAUUUUCCAAAAGUUGGACCCCAAUGCAGCAACUAUGACUACAAAGUCUUCAUUUGAAGAAGCUUUUUUAGGUCUGCAGAAACUGUUGGCAGCUGUGAAUGAUAUCCGUGAAGGAAUUAGUAGAAUUUUGACCCCAACCAGUAGUUUCCAAGAUAUUUGGACCCUCUAUAACUUUCUCAUAAGCAGUGAGAUAAAUAACAGUAUAAAAUUCACUGCUGAGGAGCUUUAUGAGUGUGUUUCACAAGAGAGAUACCGGGAAAGGUUAGAAGUUGGAUGUUGCCAGCUGGCCCAGCUGGAACACACCAUUAAGCAGUGUCACGCAUCGGUUCACGCGGAAGCCAAGAACAGGGGCUGGCUGUGA